AUGGGAGAAGUGAAUGUGACGUUUAAGGAAUCGGUACAUAGGAUUCUCGACCGGAUCAAACAUGAGCCGUAUUUUCGAUGGCCGAACAAAAUGGGAGCUGACCCAUCCAGGAGGAAUCGGAAUCUGUACUGCACUUAUCACCGAGACAAAGGUUACACUACCGAACAGUGUCGGGUGUUAAAGGAUCACCUCGGGCAAUUAGUCAAGGCCGGGCAUUUAAAGGAUUUCGUGUUGGACUCGGGAGACAGAAUCGCAGGGCAAGAUACUCGGCAAAGGGGAAACCCUCUCCCACCCCCUGUAGGGGUGAUUGAAGUUAUCCAUGUUGCCCUAGAAAGGCCCGUUGCAGGGAGAAGGAAAGGAGUGUUGACAGUAGUGUCAGUAGAUGGUAACUCGGACCUACAGUUGCCGGGUAAGAAGAUGAAGUUUGCACGGGAGCCUAUCUCAUUCGACGAUGACGAUUUGGAGGGGAAGAUCCAACCACAUAACGACGCAUUAGUGGUCACGGCCUAG